ACCACCUCGCGCUCCCAACACACUGAACCACGGCGCCCGUCGCUGGAGGCCGCCUGUUCAUUUUAAACCAAAAAUUGCAUCUUCUCGACACUUUCGAUUCGUCUGGGGUUCCAUUUCAAGCGGCGAGCAUGUCGAUUCUGGGGUGGGUGCAGGGCCAGUGGUCGACGCUGCCGUAUCCCGACGAGGACUGCAGCGGCCGGACCAUCAUCAUCACCGGCGGCAACUCUGGCCUCGGACUCGAGGCGGCACGGCACUUUGUGCGCCUCAACGCCGCCAAGGUGGUCCUCGCGUGCCGCAGCGUCGAGCGCGGCGAGGCGGCGCGGCGGGACAUUGUCGAGGCGUCGUCCGAGGGGCGCGCACACGGCACCGUGGUGGAGGUGUGGCAGCUGGACCUGAGCUCGUUUGACAGCGUCAGGGCGUUUGCGGCCAGGGCGUCGUCGCAGCUGCCGCGGCUGGACGUGCUGCUCAACAGCGCGAGCAUCCUGGUGCACGACUUUGCCCUGGUGGAGGGCCACGAGACCAUGAUGACGGUCAACAUCGUCUCGACCUUUCUCCUCACCGUGCUGCUGCUCCCGGCGCUGCGCCGGACGGCGACGCGGUUCAAUGUGACGCCGCACGUUACCAUUGUGUCUUCAGACGGUGCCUUUCUGGCCUUCUUCCCCGAGCGCAAGGCAGACCACGUCUUCAACACGCUCAAGCUCAACAAAAACUUCAUGGAGCGGUACAACACCACCAAGCUGCUGCAGCUGAUGCUGAUGCGCCGGCUCGCCGCGGCCGUGGACGCGUCGGGCAAGGGGCACUACGUCAUCGUCAACGCGCUCAACCCGGGGCUCUGCAGGACGCAGCUCUUCCGGCGCUCCUUCUGGCCCCUCAGCUGGGGCGUGUGGCUCGCCUUCGCCGUCUUUGGGCGCGAGCCCGAGAUGGGCGCCCGCACGCUGCUCGCGGCGGCCUGCUCGGGCGACGACAUGCACGGCCGGUGGAUGACGGACUGCAGGCCGCAGGUCUGGCCGGGCCGCAUGUGCGGCGACGAGGGGGAGCGGCUGGCGGCCAAGGUCUGGGGCGAGCUCGAGGAGAUUCUCGAGGGCAUCGAGCCUGGCGUCAUGGACAAUGUUUGAUGGGAAGGGGGGUUCCCAUUGUACGGAGUGUCA